UCCUUCCAUGUGAGUGAAAGGUUGUUAAUCGCCAUGACCGCCAUUUACAUGCAUUUGGAACUUUAUUUAAAUCAGCAAGUCAGCGUUUCUCCUGAAUGAGCACAUACACGGGUGUUGUGGGAUGCAAUGUAACCAGCGCGAGAGCGAGAGAGAGCGAGAGAGAGACGAGAAGAAAGAGCAAUAAAUACAGAAGUGCACUGUCGGUUAACGGGAAGGAACUGACUGAAUUGUGCAUUUUGGGCAUCAGGCAUUGCUCUUGUUACAAGAACUGCUCUGGCAAUCAGGGGUGGACGCUAAGGUGCAUUAUGGAAAACCUUUACUCACUGCAACUUGACUUGAUCUGAAAAAAAUAAAAUAGUUUGUCUCACUUUGACGCCUUUAUCCAAACAAGUAUGAGCGCCGAUUGCACGGGUUAUUACAAUACGGAAAAGGAGUUUGUGAACGCAUCCACGUGCCCUAAGCCGGGCAACGACGCAAGAGCUGUGUUCUGCUGUGGCUUCAGCGACUACAAGUAUUGCUGUGAUGAUCCUAACAGCUUUUUCCCGUACGAGUAUGGAUAUAUGUGGUGGCUAAGUGUUGGAGCACUGGUGGGCUUGUCAAUAGCAGCAGUGGUUCUUCUGGCCUUCGUCAUCACCGUGUGUGUGCUCUGUUAUCUCUUCAUCGCCACUAAGCCUCGGGGACUGGACAACGGGCUGCCGCUGCAUGCUCCAGUAGGUUCUGAGCCAGGCCCGCAGGAGGGUUCGAGCCAGGCUGCUCCCCCGGCGGGUCCCCAGGGGUUCCGCAAGCAUUUUUUCCGCAGCAAAUUGGACUGUGACAACCAGCCGCCGGACCCGGACCGCCUCUUUCAGCGCUGCUUCAUGGCCACCGUGACCACCAUCAACGUUGAGGGACCCGCAUAGAGAGAUGCUGGGGCAAAGACAUUGCUCAUCUCCCCAGCCUGCUAGAAUCCGCCACCAGCCUCCUGAGCCAACCAGAAGCUUGGCAACAUCUGUCCAAAAUCAGGAUUCUCUCUGUCAUUUCUCUGUCCUUAUUCCCUCAAACCCCACAUGCAACAGGGUUGCACUCACAUGCACUGUUUGUAAGCCACCCAAGAACAGAAGUGUACUGCUCAGUCGCAGCAUAUUCUGUUGUUUCACUUCAAAAAGUCUAAUCAAAACAUCUGUGAACAAUCCUGCCUAUUGCAACAUGAAGAAGUGGUUGCCGGUUAAUUAGCACCCAGACAGUGCCUUUCAUUAAGAACAACAUAAAUCUACAUUCUCAGUUAUGUGUUUAGUCAAUUAUGCCAUGAAAAGUUUUUGACCAGUGACUUUCAAAUUUUUGGUGCAAAAUGCCAAUUGAUUACAUUCUGAACUUGUAUGCACUGAUAGUUUAGAGCAGCAAAGCAUCAAGUGGUUGCUGCCAAUUGCUAUUGUUCUGUAUUGUUUACGCUGAUGAGCAUCUGAUGGUGUAAUGAAGGCUGUCCCUUUGGUGUGGUGCUCUGGGGCUCUGGGAUACCGCUGUGAGUAUAUGUGCAUGUCUAAGAUUAGCCCUUCCUCCAUCGGAUGCACUACUCGAUGUGUCAGCAAAGACACUGCGGACUCCUAUCUCUCGUUUCAGUAUCUGUAUCUUUUUACUACAGUAUGUCUUUGCCUUAGCAAAGCAGCAGUCUUUGUUGUCUUUCAAGGCUAGUCAAACUUUUUAAAUCAUUGUUGUUGGCUUAUGAAGAGUUCUUCUGUCCCUGUUGUUUAUUGUGUUCUAUGUAUGUGUGUGGGAGUGUAUGUGUAUGUGUAUAUGUAUGUCCAUGGUUACCUGCAAGUGCCAAAGCAAUGCUGACAUGCUCCUGUGUUCUGUGCCAGCAGGCUAGUCACACAUAAUCGCAUUGCUUAUGUGACUCCUCUCUCGGGUAGCCUGAGUUGUCUCCGAAUGCAGCACUGUGACGGAUUGUCAGAGGAUUUCCUUUGUGGUCUCUUGUAAAACAAAACAGAUUUAGGCCUUCUAUCAGUUUACAGUUCAAAGCCAAAAGCAAGGAAUGCCAUUCCAUUCACUUGUAAUUAAAGAUAUUGCUAAACGAGGAA